AUGCUCAACAUGACCGAGGAGCACGACAAAGCGCUGGAGGCUCCGUGCAGCCCCGCGGGCACCACCAGCUCCAUGUCCCACGUGGACUCGGACUCCGACUCGCCGCUCUCCCCCGCCGGCUCCGAGGGUCUGGGCUGCGCCCCCGCGCCCGCCCCGCGCCCGCCCGGCGCCGCUCCGCUGGGCUCGAAGGUAGACGCGGCCGAGGUGGACGAGCGCUUCCCCGCCUGCAUCCGCGACGCCGUCUCGCAGGUGCUGAAGGGCUACGACUGGAGCCUGGUGCCCAUGCCCGUCCGCGGCAACGGAUCCCUCAAAGCCAAGCCGCACGUCAAGCGGCCCAUGAACGCCUUCAUGGUGUGGGCGCAGGCCGCCCGCAGGAAGCUGGCCGACCAGUACCCGCAUCUGCACAACGCCGAGCUCAGCAAGACCCUGGGCAAGCUCUGGCGUUUGUUAAGCGAAAAUGAGAAACGUCCCUUUGUGGAAGAAGCUGAGCGGCUCAGGGUCCAGCACAAAAAGGAUCACCCGGAUUAUAAAUACCAGCCACGGAGGAGGAAAAGCGUAAAAGCCGGGCAGAGCGACUCCGACUCCGGAGCUGAGCUCAGCCACCACGCGGGCACGCAGAUCUACAAAGCGGACAGCGGGCUGGGAGGCAUGGCCGAUUCCCACCAUCAUGGUGAUCACACAGGCCAGACCCACGGGCCACCCACCCCACCCACCACCCCCAAAACCGACCUCCACCACGGCAGCAAGCAGGAGCUGAAGCACGAAGGCCGCCGCCUCGUGGAAAGCGGCCGCCAGAACAUCGACUUCAGCAACGUGGACAUCUCGGAGCUGAGCAGCGAGGUCAUCAACAACAUGGAGACCUUCGACGUGCACGAGUUCGACCAGUACCUGCCGCUCAACGGCCACGCCGCCAUGCCGGCUGACCACGGCCCCAACGCCGCCGCCGGCUCCUACGGUGCGUCCUACUCCCACUCGGCCACGGGCACCGGCGGAACCAACCAGGUCUGGACUCACAAAAGCCCGGCCUCGGCAUCGCCGUCGUCCGCCGACUCGGGCCAACAAAGGCCGCACAUCAAAACGGAGCAGCUGAGCCCCAGCCACUACAGCGACCAGUCCCACGGCUCCCCCGCGCACUCCGACUACGGCUCCUACAGCGCCCAGGCCUGUGCCACCACCGCCUCCACCGCCACGGCCGCCGCCUCCUUCUCCAGCUCCCAGUGCGACUACACGGACCUCCAGAGCUCCAACUACUACAACCCCUACCCCGGCUACCCUUCCAGCAUUUACCAGUAUCCCUAUUUCCACUCCUCCCGCCGUCCCUACGCGACACCCAUCCUCAACGGCUUGUCCAUCCCGCCGGCCCACAGCCCCACUGCUAACUGGGACCAGCCGGUCUAUACGACCCUGACGAGGCCUUAAAGGAUGCGUGGAGCCCCCGAGGGCUUCCCUGACGUAUGCACUAAUGAAGGAAUGAAGACGAAGAGCGUGGAGUGCCGUGAUAGUUUCCGAAGUGCCUCCUGAGCCACUGGGAACUCUGCUCGUUGCGACUGGAUGUCCCCUUGCUUCAAAACUCUCCAAAAGGACAGAGCUCUAUUUUUCUUUAAUUAAUACAAUUUAAAAAAAAUAAAAAAAAUAAUUAAAAAAAAAAAAAAAGCAAAGGACCAGCGAUUCUUUUUGAAUAAAUGAAGGACAAAACCAUUCGACUCCUCUGUGAGGACUGAACUGAACUUACUCGUCGUGGAAGUUGACAAGUGCAAAAGUGGA